ACGUCAGCUAUUUGGCAUGAUGUGGUACCGGAGAAGAAAGAAAAAAUAAGUCUAGUCAACCGCCCACCGCAGGAGACUGGGGGAUGUUCCACCAUCCUGGAUUUACAACCAUUUCAAGGAUAUCUGAGCACAAAGAAGACAUUUUUUGUGGGAUUUUAAACACUGAUAGUGGAGUCAACCGGACGGCCAACUGACGUUUUAGGCCACAUGGUUCAGCGCCCGUUUUACCUGAGUGGCUGAAGACUCAAGAAACAAACAAUGGAUCCAAACUUGUUCGGAGGAGUCCCCAGGUUCCUCACCCGCCCAAAGGCAUUCUCAGUGUGUGCGGGAAAGGAUGCCUCACUGAGCUGUACUAUCGUGGGCAGCCCGACUCCAGCGAUCACCUGGGAAAAGGACAAGCUGAAGCUGACAUCUGGGGGACGCUUCAAGACCGUGGAGGAUGGAGAUGUGUACCGCCUGAGCAUCUAUGACUUAACACUGGAGGACAGUGGGCAAUACAUGUGCCGAGCCAAAAACAACGUUGGGGAAGCUUAUGCUGCUGUAACCCUCAAAGUGGCCUUGCCAACAGAGAUGGCUCAGAGGGCCCCUGUUUUCAUGGUUAAGCCUACUUCUGCUCGUGUAGGUUUGGGAGGCGAUGUUGUAUUUCACUGCCGAGUUGCAGCUUACCCUGAGGCCAACUUUGAUUGGGAGAAAGAUGGCCGCUACUUGGGGGAGAGUAACCGCAUCAAGAUUGUAAACGACAGUGACAGCAGCACCUUAAAGAUCCAAAGUGUGCGUAACCUGGACAGCGGCACCUACACCUGCAGAGCCCAGAACACUGUUGGCCGUGGACACACUGCAGCAGCUCUUGUUGUAGAUGCCCAGGAUUCCCGCCACCUGACUGGAGACAAGAACACCUCCCUUCUUUCACACCUACAAAAGCGCAAGGAGGAAAUGAAGAAAGACAUCUCUAUCUAUCGCACUGAAGAAAGAUCCUCUGUCUCUUCCUCCACAACCAGCAUCACAGAUGGUUUGAGUCUGGAACACGAGUGGAGGGCAUCUGCACUGGCAAAGCUGCCCAAAGGUGUGUUCACCCGUACCUGCACAGUGACUGAAGGCAAGCAUGCCAAACUCAGCUGCUUUGUGACGGGUCACCCUAAGCCCCACAUUAUCUGGAGGAAGGAUGGAACAAACAUCAGCGAGGGCCGCAGGCAUGUCAUUUAUGAGGAUCAAGCUGAGAACUUCAUCCUCAAGAUCCUCUACUGCAAGCAGACUGAUAAUGGUCUCUACACCUGCAAUGCAACCAAUAUGGCUGGGCAGACCUACAGUGCUGUGUUGGUGACAGUCAAAGAGCCUAAGGUGCCAUUUAGAAGGAAGCUGCAGGAUGUGGAGGUACAAGAAAAAUCGUCAGCCACACUGCUGUGUGAGGUGCCUGUUAGUUAUACCCAGGCCAACUGGUUCAUGGAGGAAACACGACUGGCACAAAGUAAUAAAUAUUAUAUGGAGGAGGAAGGCACCUUGCGUCGUCUCACCAUUCACAAUGUCACCACCAACGACGAUGGAGUCUAUAUCUGCGAGAUGAAAGAGGGCAGUCGCACUGUGGCUGAGCUCACAGUCCUGGGCAACAUCACUAAGAAGCUUCCUCGGAGGACAGUAGUCCCUGUCAGUGACACUGUCAUCUUCUGCGUGGAGCUGGAGCACCCCUUUUCAGAUGCCUACUGGACCCGCAAUGGCGAGAGGCUGAAAGAAGAUUCCCGUAUUUCCAUUGCCUGCGUGCUCAGACAGUACACCCUGACAAUUAGAAAUUGCCAGGCAGAUGACUCAGGAGAAGUGGCCUUUGUGGCUGGAGACUGCAAGACUUCCACUCGAUUCUCUGUCACUGCUGCAAGGAAGCACCCUCCAGAUCCCCCAGUCGAUGCUGUGGUGCACAACAAGACUGACUCAUCCAUCACCAUUCAGUGGUCUCCUCCUGACAGUGACCGCCCCGUGCCCAUCAAAGGCUACGUUGUGGAGAGGAGGAAGAUAGGCACUCAGACAUGGCAGAGGUGCAAUGCUGGAGAAUCUCUGGUUUCAACAGAGAUCACCAUCUGCAACUUCUCAGAAGAAGCCACCUAUCAGUUCCGUAUCUCUGCUAUGAAUGACUUUGGCCAGAGUCCCUACCUGGAGGUGCCUGGAACCUUCUACCUCGAACCCAGUGCUGAAAUCAGGAAAGGCCUGAUGAACAGCACUGCAUUCUCUGGUGAAGAGUUUUCUAUCUCCGUGGACCUGUCUUCUGUUUGCUCCGGGUUCUGGUCUCUAAAUGGGCGCCUCCUGCGAAGUGGAGCCGACUACCUCAUCACUAGGUCCAAGACCACACACACUCUGCUCAUCCGUGUCGUGACCGUGGAAAUGAACGGAACUGAGGUCAAGUUUGUGGGUGGAGGCUCGCAAAGCAGUUGCAUCCUAUCUGUAAAGGCUCCUCCUGUCAGGUUCACCAACAAGUCAGAUCUCAUGGAGGUGGUGGUCUGUAGUGCCCAAGCCACUGCUCAGCUGACUGCUGAGGUGUCGGAUUACGAUGCAGAGGUGGUUUGGAUGAGGAAUGGGCGGGAGUUGAAAAUGGGAAAGAAGUAUGAAUAUAUGAUCAUCGACCGCAAGAGGAUCCUUAUGGUGCACAAUGUUACAGAGGAAGAUGUGGGCAUCUAUGAGUGUGUUUUGAAUGAUGACAGAAUGUCCAUGCAACUUUCUCUUAAAGAUGAACCUGCCAAGUUUCUGAACAAAGCCAGAGGCACCAUGGGAAUGUCAUCAUCCCUUAAGGGAGAUCUUGAGCUGAGCUGUGAGGUGUCUCCUGCCAGUGCGGCUGUCGUUUGGAGAAAAGAUCAAGCAGAGAUCACUGAGGACCAAAGAACUACCUUCAUCUCUAAAGGGACUCAAAGGAAACUCGUCAUUAAGAAUGCAAAGAAAAGUGACGAAGGACAUUACUCCUGUGAGACGGCAGCAGACAAAGUCACAUUCCAGGUCAAGAUAAAAGAAACUCAAACUGUAGCUGUCUUCUCCAACAAGGAGUCAGUCCAGAAGGAGGUUAAAGCUACUCACUCUCAGAAAGCCACUCUUAGUUGCAAUGUUUCAGAUAGCAAGACAGAGGUGAAAUGGUAUAAAGACGGCAAGUUGCUGAUUUCCAGUAGGAUGAUUUACUCAGAAGUAAAAGACAGUACUCGUCAGCUGGUAUUUGAAAAAGUGGAGAAAAACGAUGCUGGAGAGUAUACAUGCGAAGCCGGAGGGGAAAAGCUGGUCUUUAAGAUAUCUGUGUCAGAGGCCCAGUCAGCCUUCUUCAACAAGGAGUCAGUCCAGAAGGAGGUGAAAGUUACUCUCUCCCAGAAAGCUACUCUGAGCUGUGACGUUUCUGAUUCCAAGACAGAGGUGAAAUGGUACAAGGAUGGCAAGCUGCUGACGUCCAGCAAGACAAUCCACACAGAGUCAAAGGGUAAAAGUCGCCAGCUGGUGAUUGACAGUGUGGAGAAGAAGGAUGCUGGAGAGUACAUGUGCGAGGUUGGGACUGAGAAGUUGGCUUUUAAAAUACAUGUGGAAGGUAUUUCUACAGAAGUCCAGGCUAAAACUACUUUCGUCAACAAAGAGUCUAUCCAGAGGGAAGUGAAAACUACUCUCUCCCAGAAAACCACUUUGAGCUGUGAGGUCGUUGAUAACAAGACGGAGGUAAAAUGGUACAAGGACGGCAAACUUCUGAGUCCCAGCAGAGCAGUUCACAUGGAAUCAAAGGGAAAGAUCCGUCAACUGGUGAUAGACAGCGUAGACAAGAAAGAUGCAGGAGAAUACUUCUGUGAAGUCGGAACUGAAAAACUGACAUUUAAAGUACAGGUGACAGAAGCCCCAGCUGGCUUCUCCAACAAAGAGUCAGUCCAGAAGGAGGUGAAAGCCACUUUCUCCCAGAAAGCCACUCUAAGCUGCGAGGUUUCUGAUUCUAAGGCAGAGGUGAAAUGGUACAAGGACGGCAAGCUGCUGACUUCCAGCAAAGCAGUCCACAUGGAGUCAAAGGGCAAGAGUCGUGAGCUGGUGAUAGAAAAAAUGGAUAAAAAAGAUGCUGGACAAUACACCUGUGAGGCUGGAACAGAAAAGCUGGUAUUUAAGCUGCAGAUGACAGAUGCAGCUGUCAAGUUCCAGAAAAAUCUUGUCAAGGACACAUGUAUUGUUCAAACAAGUGAAAAAGUUGUGUUGACCACCGAGCUGACUGCAGAGAGUGGUAGUGUGAAGUGGUUUAGGGAUGGUGUGGAGCUCAAAGAGAGCAGCAAGUAUGAAAUGAAAAAAGAUGGCCUUUCUCGUACCCUGAUAGUAAAAUCCUCCGAAUCAAAAGACAGUGGAACAUACUCCUGUCAAACUGCUGAUGACAAACUGGAGUUCAAAGUUCAAGUUAAAGAUUCAGCUUUGAAGUUUGUUGUCCCUCUGAAACCUGCUACAGUGGAGUUGGGAGGUACCCUUAGCCUCACAUGUGAACUAAAUCAAGCCUCAGGGGAUGUUGUCUGGCAGCGUGACGGUCGUGAGAUUAAACCUGGAGGCAGGCACUGUGUGAGGACAGAUGGUGCUAAGCGGGUUCUAACCGUGACUGGCAUUACUAAAGAAGAUGAAGGAGAAUACAGCUGUGAAUGCAGAAAUGACAAGACCUCUACUAAAGUCUCCUCAAAAGCACCCAGACUGGUGAGGCUGACCACCAAACUGAACAAUGUAGCUGCAAUGGAGGGAAAAGAUGCUAUUUUCAAGUGUGCUGUCAACCCAGCGGACGCCUGCGUUAAAUGGUUCCACAACAGUAUACCCGUCACAGCUGGGCCCAAGUAUAAGACUGAGCAUGGUGGCGGCAGUCACUCACUCACCAUCACCUCUGUCAACCAAAAAGAUGCUGGAGAGAUAAGUGUCGACGCAGAAGGCAAAAGCUGCAAAGCUACCCUACAAGUGCAGCAUGAACCUGUGACAUUUAAGAAGAAGUUAGAAAACGUGACAGCGGAGGAGCAGAGUGAAGUUAAACUGGAGGUGGAGCUCAGCAAGCCAUCAGAUGAAGUCAGGUGGAUGAAGAACAGUGUUGUGCUGCAGCCUGCAGGAAACAUGGAGAUUCGAGUCAAUGGUGCAAAGCAGGCUCUGGUCUUCAAGAGUGUGACUAAUGCUGACCGGGGCAUCUACUCUUGUGAAACUCUGGAUGACAAAACCCAGGCCAAGCUAAAUGUGGAGAUGAAGAAGAUCCAGGUAAUAAAGGGUCUAAAAGAAACCAAGGCACAUGAGACAGAGACAGUAACUCUUGAGGUAGAACUCAGCCAGGCUGACGUUGAAGGCUCCUGGACCAGAGAUGGGGCCAAGUUAAAGUCAGGAGCAAACUGUCGUAUCACAGCUCUUGGAAAGAAGCAUGCCUUAACGUUGUCCAGUCUCAAGAGAGAGGAUGCAGGAACUAUUGCCUUCCAAGCAGAGGGUGUACAUACUUCUGCAAAACUGAUUGUGACAGAACCUCCUGCUAUGAUCUCCAAGCCCAUGUUGGAUAUCAGUGUUCCAGAGAAGGAGAAGGUUACAUUUGAAUGUGAAGUGUCCAGAACAAAUGCAGACGUUAAAUGGUUCAAGAAUGAUGUGGAACUGAAACCAGGAAAGAACUUUGGCAUCCAUUCCUUGGGCCGAAAGCGCUCUUUGGUCAUCAACAAAUGCACCCCUGAAGAUGCAGGCUCUUACAUCUGUCGCACUGCUGAUGAUAACACCGCCGCCAAGCUCACCGUUAAUGCCAGAGAAAUUAAGAUUGUUAAGAAGCUGGAGGAUGUGGAAGUGAUGGAGAAGGAGAGCGCCGCAUUCGUCUGUGAAAUCUCACAUGAUGAAGUGGACUGCCAGUGGUACAAAGGAGGUAGCAAACUGAAAGUCGGUGACAACAUCAAGAUGAGACAAGAGGGCAGAACCUAUGUACUACUAUUUAGGUCUGUCACAAUGGAAGAUAUGGGUGAGAUUAAAUUCACAGCUGACAAGGGCUCUUCAACUGCAAAACUUAAAGUGAAAGAGCUGCCUGUCAAGUUUGUGAAGAAACUCAGGGAAAAGAUAGCGAUGUAUAAGCAUCGUUGUCAUCUCGAAUGCCAAGUGUCACGUGCAAGUGCAAAGGUGAAGUGGUACAAGAACAAGAUGGAGAUCAAACACGGCAAGAAGUACGAGAUCAAGAGUGAAGAUGUGUACAGAAAACUCACCAUCAAUGAUGUGGACGAAGGGGACGAAGACACCUACACCUGUGAUGCCACUGAUGACAAGACAUCCUGUAAAGUACUUGUGGAAGAGCAGUCCAUCAGCAUUGUGCGGGAUCUUAGUUCAGUAGAAGUGACAGAACCAUUUGCAGCUGUUUUUGAGGUUGAAAUCAGUAUGGAACUGGUGAAACCUCCUAUAUGGACUCUGAAUGGAGUUGCUGUGCAAGAGAGUGCUGAUGUUGAAAUGGAGAAAGAGGGCACUAUGCACCGUCUCACUUUCAAAAAGACCAAAGCAUCGAUGACAGGACCUGUGCAGUUUACAGCUGGGAAGAGCAAAUCUUUAGCCCAACUCACAGUCAAAGAGCGUCCACUUGAGAUUGCAGAGCCCAUUAAAGACGUGAAGGGGAAGGAGAAAAGCUCAGCUAUACUCACCUGUAAAUUCUCUGCCCCGCCCAAAGAGGUUAAAUGGUUCAAAGGUCAAGUUCCUCUGGCAGCAUCAGACAAGUAUAACAUUAAGCAAGACGCUGCAAGGGCUCAACUUACCAUUCAAAGGUUGGCUGAGGAAGACGGUGGAGAGUACCGGUGUCAGUCUGGACCUGCUGAGACCAAAGGGAAACUUUCUGUUGAAGUGCGUGAAAUUAAGAUCACCAAACACUUGGCUGACACAGAGGUUGACGAAGACAGCGAUGCAGUGUUCACAUGUGAGAUUAACUACGCAGAUGAAGAGGUACAGUGGCUUCUGAAUGACAAGGUGCUCUUCACUAACGAAGUCAACACCAUCACUCAUGACGGAAAAGUUCACAAGCUCUCACUGAAGAACUUGGCACCUCAGGAUGGGGGCACUAUCACCUUUAAAGUUCGCAAGGUGAAAGAGUCUGUGACACUUAAGGUUAAAGAGAAGCGUGCUGUGUUCCUCAAGUCUCUAGAUGAUGUCAUUGGAGAGGAAAAAGGCAUGAUAACUCUCGCGUGUGAGGCGUCCAAGCCCAGAGUUUCUCCCAUGUGGAAAAAAGAAGGAAAAGUCUUGAAGGCUGGAUCAAAGUACGAGCUCCUUCACACUGGCAAGUCUUUGGGACUGAUCAUCAAGGACGUCACCAAAGAAGAUGCUGGAGAGUAUAGUUGUGAUCUUGGAACCGAGGUUUCUAAAGCAAAGGUCACUGUGAGAGAGAUUGGCAUUGGAAUUACAAAAUUCCUGAAGUCAGCUGAGGUGAAUGAGGGAGAGACAUGCAGCUUUGAGUGCAUCUUAUCUCGUGAGAGCACAGAUGAGUGUUCCUGGACUCUUAAUGGCCACACUAUCACAAACGGAGGUCGCUUCAAAGUCACCAGUAAAGGACGCAAAUACAUGUUGAACAUUAAUGAUGUGACACCUGCCGAUGCUGGAGAGGUAGUCUUCAAAAUUAAAGACCUCAGCUCCAAAACAACAUUAACAGUGGAAGGUAAAGCUCUAUCUGUAUCUAAAGGACUACAGAAUGUUAGUGUUGUUCAAGGGGAAGAUGCUGUAUUUACCUGUGAGGUAACACAGGUUAGUUCCACUGUAAAAUGGGCCAAGGAAUGCAAAGCCAUCAGAAAGAGCCAGAAGUAUGACAUCACCCAAGAGGAGAAGGUCAUGAAGCUGACCAUUCAUAAUGUCUCUGCUCAAGACUCUGGAGAGUACAGUUGUGAAGUUGUUGGAGGUGCAACUACGAAAGCCAAGUUGGAAAUCAAGGAGCCAAUCCAUAAAUUCACUAAAGUGCUAAAGGACAGCCAAGCUGAGGAGAAGAGCUGUGUGACGCUGCAGUGUGAGACUGCACAGAGCCCAUCCACCGUGGUCUGGCUUAAAGGUCAUUCAGAGCUCAAGGCUGGAGGGCGAUACGAGAUGUCUCAAAAGGAGGGGGUCUUAACUCUCACCAUCAAACACCUGGAGGAGACAGACACUGAUAUCUACACUUGUGACGUCAGCACUGCCAAGAGCAUGGCAAAGGUGACAGUCAAUGCCCUGCCUGCCAGUUUUAAAGAGAAGCUCAAGAACCAGGAGAAAAAAGAAGGGGAGACUGUAACACUUUGCUGCAAGUUAUCGAAACCUGUUGACAGCGUUCAGUGGAAGAAAGGCUCAGAAGUUCUCAAAGCUGGAGCGAAGUAUGAGAUGAAGCUGGAGGAGACUUCUUGUGAGCUGCAGAUUAAGAACCUGGAGGUUGAAGACAGUGGAGAGUAUUCUUGCAUGUGCGUGGACCAGAAGACAUUUGCAACUGUGAAAGUCAAUGCAUUGCCGCCGACCUUCAAACAGAAGCUGGAGAGCCAGGAGGCUGAGGAGGGAGCAAGUGUUACUCUAUGCUGUGAGAUCUCUAAACCUGGAGUCCCUGUUGAGUGGAAGAAGGGAACACAAGUCCUGAAGUCUGGAGAAAAGUACCAGAUGAAGCAGAAGGCCUCUGUGAAUGAACUCCUGAUCAACAAAGUGGUGCCUGAAGACAGUGGAGACUACAGCUGUGUGUGUGGAGACCAGAAGACCACAGCCAGCCUCAAUAUUAAGGCCCAACCAGUGACCUUCAAACAGAAGCUGAAGAGCCAGGAGGCUGAGGAGGGAACCAGUGUUACUCUAUGCUGUGAGAUCUCUAAACUUGGAGUCCCUGUUGAGUGGAAGAAAGGAACACAAGUCCUGAAGUCUGGAGAAAAGUACCAGAUGAAGCAGAAGGCCUCUGUGAAUGAACUCCUGAUCAAUAAAGUGGUGCCAGAAGACAGUGGAGACUACAGCUGUGUGUGUGGAGACCAGAAGACCACAGCCAGCCUCAAUAUUAAGGCCCAACCAGUGACCUUCAAACAGAAGCUGAAGAGCCAGGAGGCUGAGGAGGGAGCAAGUGUUACUCUAUGCUGUGAGAUCUCUAAACCUGGCGUCCCUGUUGAGUGGAAGAAGGGAACACAAGUCCUGAAGUCUGGAGAAAAGUACCAGAUGAAGCAGAAGGCCUCUGUGAAUGAACUCCUGAUCAAUAAAGUGUUGCCAGAAGACAGUGGAGACUACAGUUGUGUGUGUGGAGACCAGAAGACCACAGCCAGCCUCAAUAUUAAGGCCCAACCAGUGACCUUCAAACAGAAGCUGAAGAGCCAGGAGGCUGAGGAGGGAGCAAGUGUUACUCUAUGCUGUGAGAUCUCUAAACCUGGCGUCCCUGUUGAGUGGAAGAAGGGAACACAAGUCCUGAAGUCUGGAGAAAAGUACCAGAUGAACCAGAAGGCCUCUGUGAACGAACUCCUGAUCAACAAAGUGGUGCCAGAAGACAGUGGAGACUACAGCUGUGUGUGUGGAGACCAGAAGACCACAGCCAGCCUCAAUAUUAAGGCCCAACCAGUGACCUUCAAAGAGACGCUGAAAAGCCAGGAGGCUGAGGAGGGAGCAAGUGUUACUCUGCAAUGUGAGAUCUCUAAACCUGGAGUCCCUGUUGAGUGGAAGAAAGGAACACAAGUCCUGAAGUCUGGAGAAAAGUACCAGAUGAAGCAGAAGGCCUCUGUGAAUGAACUCCUGAUCAACAAAGUGUUGCCAGAAGACAGUGGAGACUACAGCUGUGUGUGUGGAGACCAGAAGACCACAGCCAGCCUCAAUAUUAAGGCCCAACCAGUGACCUUCAAACAGAAGCUGGAGAGCCAGGAGGCUGAGGAGGGAGCAAGUGUUACUCUAUGCUGUGAGAUCUCUAAACCUGGAGUCCCUGUUGAGUGGAAGAAGGGAACACAAGUCCUGAAGUCUGGAGAAAAGUACCAGAUGAAGCAGAAGGCCUCUGUGAAUGAACUCCUCAUCAACAAAGUGGUGCCAGAAGACAGUGGAGACUACAGCUGUGUGUGUGGAGACCAGAAGACCACAGCCAGCCUCAAUAUUAAGGCCCAACCAGUGACCUUCAAGCAGAAGCUGGAGAGCCAGGAGGCUGAGGAGGGAACCAGUGUUACUCUACGCUGUGAGAUCUCUAAACCUGGAGUCCCUGUUGAGUGGAAGAAGGGAACACAAGUCCUGAAGUCUGGAGAAAAGUACCAGAUGAAGCAGAAGGCCUCUGUGAAUGAACUCCUGAUCAACAAAGUGGUGCCAGAAGACAGUGGAGACUACAGCUGUGUGUGUGGAGACCAGAAGACCACAGCCAGCCUCAAUAUUAAGGCCCAACCAGUGACCUUCAAACAGAAGCUGGAGAGCCAGGAGGCUGAGGAGGGAGCAAGUGUUACUCUAUGCUGUGAGAUCUCUAAACCUGGAGUCCCUGUUGAGUGGAAGAAGGGAACACAAGUCCUGAAGUCUGGAGAAAAGUACCAGAUGAAGCAGAAGGCCUCUGUGAAUGAACUCCUCAUCAACAAAGUGGUGCCAGAAGACAGUGGAGACUACAGCUGUGUGUGUGGAGACCAGAAGACCACAGCCAGCCUCAAUAUUAAGGCUGUGAAGCUGUCAGCUCCUCCUUCAGCUACUAAAUUGGAAUCUAAGAAGCAGCAGACCAGAGAAACAAUGGAAGCCAAGAUCCCUGAAGCUCUGUCCAUAGCUGCUAAAGACAAGCACAAGAGGCAAGAGAUAUAUGAGACAGUAGAAGCUGUGACACUGCCAACUACUGGACAGACUCCUAAACAGCAGCUCCUCAAACAGGAGACUGAGAGAGAUUCAAGAGAGCUCAAAGUGGGAGGUGAAGCUCUGACACUGCCAGCUGCUGGACAGACUCCUAAACAGCAGCUCCACAAACAGGAGAUUGAGAAAGAUUCAAGAGAGCUCAAAGUGGGAGGUGAAGCUGUGACACUGCCAACUACUGGACAGAUGACUAAACAGCAGCUCCUUAAACAGGAGAUUAAGAGAGAUUCACAAGAGCUCAAAGUGGGAGGGGAAGUUGGAACGACUGCUGCUGGAAUAGCUGCAAAACAAGAUACGCAGAGGCAGGGGACCAAAGAGCCAAGAGAAGCAGUGAGGCUGCCAGAUGCUCCAGCAGCUGUGACAUUACACUCUAAGGAUACCAAGAAAGUGUUGGAAGUUACAGCAGAGAAGUCGACAUCUGCAUCAGUGACCUCAAGGGUUGAACCUGAGAAGCAGGAAUUCAAAAAAAGGGUUGAAGAGAUUGAAAAGCCUGCUGUGUCUGAGGUCGUCCCAAAGCCAGAGCCUAGAGAGCUGGAUACCAAAGUAAAAGGACAAGUUCUUCCAGUCAAAGUCAUUCACGCCUUGGAGAGCCAGGAGGCAGAGGAGGGACAUAGUGUCAUUCUUCACUGUGAGCUUUCUAAACCUGGACUUCGUGUUGAGUGGAAGAAGGAUACUCAAGUACUGAGUUGUGGAGAAAAGUACCAAAUGACACAAACAGGAUUCAGUUAUGAACUACAGAUCUUGGAUUUGACACCUGGAGACACAGGGAGCUAUUCAUGCUGUUCAGAGGCCACAAUAAGCUCAGCCUCUCUUGUAGUGAAUGCUGCACCAGUUAUUUUCACAAAAGAGCUUGAAAGCCAGAUGGCUGAUGAAGGAGGCAGUGUGACCCUGCACUGUGAGCUUUCUAAACCUGGUGUUCCUUUGGAGUGGAAGAAAGGAGAACUUGGUCUUUGUCCUUGUGCCAAGUAUGAAAUUAUACACGCAGGACAAGUGGCUUCAUUAGUAGUCCAUGAUGUAGACCCAGAGGAUGCUGGGAGUUACACAUGCGAUGCUGGUGCCCUCCAAAGCACUGCACAACUUGCUGUGAAGGCCCAGCCUGUCCUUUUCAAAACCCAGCUGCAGAACCUUGAAAGACAGGCAGGGGAGAGCGCUAGUCUUCGUUGUGAGAUCACAAAGCCAGGUGCCAGUGUUGUCUGGAGGUGUGGUGACAGGGUGCUGGCAUCCAGCAGCAAGUAUCACCUGAAACAGGAAGGAACCAUAGUCGAGCUUGUCAUCUAUAAAUUGCAGGGAGCUGACUCAGGAGAAUACUCUUGUGAUACAGGCAACCAGAGGACAUCAGCUGUCCUCACUGUGCAGGAGGUCGAGGUUAACAUACUGAAAUUCUUGGAGAGCUGUGUUGUGUACGAGGGUGAAGAUGUCCGCUUUGAAUGUCGGGUUUCUCAUGAGGAGGCGCCUCUGGCCCAGUGGAAACUCCAGGAUGUCCCACUACAGAAUAAUGAAAUGAACCUGAUCAAGUCAGAGGGCCAGGUGCACAGCCUCACACUCAGAGGCGUCACCACAGCUGACUCAGGAACAGUCACUUUCACAGUGGGCAACCACACUUCCACUGCUUCUCUGACAGUCAGAGCCGCACCUGUACUAUUCAAGAAGGAGCUGGAAAGUCAAGACGCCACUGAAGGAGACAAGGCCACCCUGUCCUGCGAGACGUCCAGCCCCGACUGCAAGGUGACAUGGCUGAAGGGCUCAACUGUGCUCACCAAUGGGGAGAAGUACAGUAUGGAGCAGAGAGCCACCAAUCACAGCCUGGUCAUUCACAAGCUGAAUGUGAAGGAUAGUGGAGAAUAUAUCUGUGAUACAGGGGACAAGAAAAGUACAGCCACCCUGACAGUGAAAGAGCAUGUGCGCAUCAUCCGAGAACUCUGCGAUAUCACUGUGAUCACUGGGCAGGAUGCCGUCUUUGAGGUUGAGUUGUCACACUCGGGCGUGACAAACGAAGAAUGGUGGCUUGGAGACAACCUCCUCCAAAAUAAUGAUCUGAAUCAAAUGAGCAGCCAGGGCAAAGUGCACCGUUUGGUCCUGAAGAUGGUGACCACAGAUGAAUCAGGGGAUGUUGCUUUCGUGUUGGGAGAAGAGAAGAGUGUGGCCUGUCUUCUGGUGGAGGAUAAACCCAAAGUGCUAAUUCUAGAGAAGCCACACAACACUGUGGCAGUAGAGGGCGAAACUGUCACUCUGGCCUGCACCAUCUCUGACACCAAGGGCACUGUCACCUGGAGCAGAAACAACGUGGCCAUCCGAGCAGGUCUCAAGUAUGACCUGAGGAACAACGGAGCAUUCCACCAGCUUCGUAUUCACAACCUGGUGCCUGAGGACUCAGGAAUGUACACUUGUGACACUGGGGAUGCAAACUGUGAUGUCACCUUGACUGUGGAAGGUGCACCAGUGUCCUUCCAUAAAGAGCUCAAGAACCAGGACGGCAUAGAGGGUGAUGAUGUCACCCUGCGCUGCGAGCUAUCUAAGCCAGGUGUCCGUGUUGAGUGGAGGAAAGGAGGCAUGGUCCUCCAGUCCAAUAAGAAGUUUGAGAUGAGGCAGGAAGGGUGCGUUCGAGAACUCUGUGUGCGGAACCUGGAGCCUGAAGACAGUGGCUACUACACCUGUGAUGCAGGAGACCAGCUCACCACAGCUUCUUUGGCAGUGCAAGUGAAAGAAGUCCUCAUUGUAUGUGGUCUUAAGACCACCGACGUCUUUGUUGGGGAAUGGGCAACAUUCUCCUGCCAGCUGUCUGGUAGGGCACCUGGCACGGUGCAGUGGUGGCUGGAUGGCACCUUGCUGGAGAACAGCUCUUUCAGUGAGAUAGGGCUGAUCCAGGGCCACAUCCACACACUCACCUUAAAGAACCUGGCCACAGAUGACUCCGGCACUGUCACGUUCAAAGCUGGCAGUUUAACAUCAACAGCCAAGCUCUUAGUCAAAGAUCCCACAGUUGAAGUGGUGAGCGAAAUGGAGGACCUUCGGGUGCUUGAAAACCAACCGGCUGAGUUCAUCUGCCAGUUCUCAAGGCCAGUCAAGGCUCAGUGGAAGAAAGACGGGCAGCCAUUGCAGCCUGAUGGCCGAAGGGUGGUAGUGGAGCAGGACUGGAAUGUGGCUCGCUUGUACAUUAGCCGUGUGUCUGCUGAGGACAGGGGCACAUACUCCUGUGAGGCACAGGGGACCUGCGCGGUCGCUUCACUUUAUGUGGAAGGCAAACCCAUUGACAUUGUCCAGGGCUUAGAGGAUUUAGAAACCUUUGAUGGAGGUGAAGCGCUCUUUGAGUGCGCCAUCUCUCGUCCUGAGAGCAAAGAUUUCCUCUGGCUCCUUGAUGGGAAACCAGUGAAGGAGUCCCCUAAUGCUGAGAUUGUGACAUUUGAGAGUGGUCGUCGUCAUCUUCUCCUGCUCAAAGAGUUGCGAGUGACAGACAGUUGCACAGUGACCUUCAAAGCAGGCACGGCAUCCACAUCUGCCAAACUCUCUGUCAAAGGCUGGCAGCUGGACGUUGUAAAGGGUCUGGAGGACAAGGUGGCUGCAGUAGGAGAGAAGGUUGAGUUUACUGUUGAGCUCACUGAGCCGGUCCCUGCUGCAGAAGUAGCCUGGUAUGCUAAUGGAGUUGAACUCAAGUCCAGUGACCUUUGGUCUACCAGGGUUGAUGGCUGUUCUUAUCGCCUCGUCCUGAGGCAGGCACCUCUGUUGCCACAACAGGAAAUUACAUUUGCUGCUCGAGAUGCUCUCUCUUUGGCCAAGCUCACCAUCAUCACUGUACCUGAUCCUCCAGAGGACCCAGAGGUCCUCAGUAAGACUGAAAAGUCUGUCAGCCUGUCAUGGUUCACUCCUCUACAUGAUGGAGGGAGUCCCAUUUUGGGCUACAGGGUGGAGAUGCGGCUGGUAGACAGUGCCCUCUGGCUUCCAAGUCAUUCAGAACCUGUGUGUAACACAGAGUUUGUGGUUGAAAAUCUCACCGCUGGUAGUGGCUACAGGUUUAGAGUGGCAGCCCUCAACAAAGCUGGGAUUGGAGAGCCUGUGGAGUUGCCUCAGACUGUGCAACUUGAGGCACCCAAGCAGCCACUUAUCUGCCCAGGUGAAGUGAUGGGACAACCCAGUUUGCCUCCAGAAGCUGCUGAAGAAGGGGAUCUCCAUGAGCUAUGGGAGGAAUCAGCCAAGAAACGGCGCAUGAGCCGAGAACCAACUUUGGACUCCAUCACUGAACAACCUGAGGACGAUAGUAAAAGAAAGGCCUCAGAGAAAGUGGAAGUAAAAUCAGGAGAGAAGGAGCAGGUCAUUGUGUCUAAGACACAGACAGAGUCCAAAUUGUACUCCAGCUCUGGGGAGGAGUCUGUUCCUGGGGGUCCAUCGCUUGUCUCCUUCCUCAAGGAGAGCAGCACAUCUGCUGUCACAGCGACCAAACAGUCAGAGCCUAUGACCACUGAGAGGUUCUUUCAACAUUUCCAGAUGGCAGAGGAGAGAACAGUGCAGCACAUUAAAGUGGAAACAACCAUAAUUCAGCAGACAAGUGAAAAACAUGUGUCCACAGAAGAGACUAGCAUCAUGGAGAUCAGUAAAGAGGAUGAGCCUGAGCUCAGAGACGCUGCUGUUAAGAUUCAAGCUGCCUUCAAGGGCUACAAAGCCCGCAAGGACAUGCGCCCUGUCUUUAAAGAGGCCUUCAAAGACCAGACCAAAGAACCUAAUGGCACCAUACAUCUGGAAUGUGUGGCAGAAGGCAAACCUGAUAAGGUGCGAUGGCUGAAGGAUGGAGAAGCACUGACAGAUGGUAAGCACCACCAUAUUGAUAUCUACAAUGAUGGAACUUGCUCCCUGGUCAUCACUGCUAUCACAACAAAGGAUACUGGGGUUUACACCUGUGAGGUCACCAACAAGUUUGGAGUCACUUCUCACAGCGGUAAGGUCACAGUAGGAACAGCGAGAGAAUCAUCUGGGCGACGACCACUGACAGUGGGCUACAGUGCUGACAGCGAGCCUGACAGCUCCUCAGGAAGUGAGAUGGAUGAGUCGCUGAGGCAGGCAAGCAGACGUCUUCGGCGCCUGUUGCGCACCCGUCUCCCACCAGAUGUUGAGGAAGAACCAUUUCUCAGCGCAGAUGAAGGAGACCUGUGCCCUGAUCCCCACUCCUACCGUGAGGACGACACUUACAUCUACAUUCGCUUUGACACACGGACAGACGCUGAGGUUGCCUCAAAGAGGUUCCAGGAGAUGUUCACAGUCCAUGGGGUUCCUGUGGAGACCACCAUCCUGGAGGCCGGAGCUCUCAAAGUGGAGCUGCGAAUUAGAAAGAUGGGCUACACGCAAGAUGGCACACAGACCCCCACGCAAGAUAGACCGCCUCCUGCAUUUAUGACUGGAGCCCCAGCUGCCCCGGUCUUUUUGACACAGCUACAAAGUCAGGAUGUUCCAGAUGGUUAUCCAGUCAGCUUUGACUGCGUUGUGAUCGGUAAGCCCCCUCCCACUGUUCGCUGGUAUAAGGACGGCAAAUUGCUGGAGGAGAAUGAUCAUUACAUGAUCAAUGAAGACCAGGAGGGCUGCCACCAGCUCAUCAUUACAACCGUGCUGCCCACUGACAUGGGAGUCUACCGCUGCACAGCUGAAAACAACAGCGGCCUCGCAGCAACCAAGGCUGAACUCAGGGUUGACGUGUCUUGCAGCUCAGACUAUGACACUGCUGCUGAUGCCACUGAAACAUCUUCCUAUAUCAGUGCUAAGGGCUACAUGUCCAGGGAAACUGAGACAUUUGAGUCUGUGGCUGAAGAUGAUCAGCUACCACAACUUGUGGAUGAGCUUCAUGAUGUUCAUGUCAGUCCAGGUUCACCUAUUGCUAAAAUGCAGCUUAAAGUAAAGGGCUUCCCCAAACCCAGAGUAUACUGGUUCAAAGAUGGCCACCCUCUGCGACCCUCAGAAAGGAUUCUGUUGCAAGCAGAGAGAGAUAUUCAUGGUGUCGAGAUCUUGAAGGUUAAGAAAUCGGAUAUGGGAGAGUACUCUGCUUACAUCACCAAUGCAGCUGGUUCUGCUUACUCCUCGGCUCGCCUGAUAGUUCUGAAUCCAGGGGAGGUCAUGCCACAAGAUAAAAGAGACCCCAAGGAGCCCCUGGUGCCACCCCGUUUCAUCGAAAGGUUCAGCAACAGGAAGGUGAAACAAGGAGCCAGCAUCACUCUGUCUGUCAAAGUAGAAGGCUCUCCCACUCCAAUGGUCUCCUGGCUGAAGGAGGAAUCAAUAGAAGAUGUCCUGUGGAUCAAGCCUGAUACCAAAGGAUACAAAAUAGCAAGCUCGGGGCGGCAGCACAGCCUCAUCUUGAUGGACGUGGGCACAGAAUACACUGGCGCCUACACCUGUAUUGCUACAAAUAGAGCAGGACAGUCCAUAUGCACUGCCCACCUCGAGGUUGAUGAGACACCACAACCAAAGAAAGAAACCAAACCCUCAGAGGUUCUUGGAAUUACAGUUAGUCCUCCAGAAGAUGAGGCUGGCAGAGGAAAAGAGGGUAAAAUACCUUACCUCGGUGAAGUAGGUACAGAGGAAUUCCUCAUGAAACUCACCUCCCAGAUCACUGAAAUGGUAUCAGCAAAGAUUACCCAAGCUUCAUUACGUGUACCAGGUGCUGACAGUGAUGAUGAGACCAAGACCCCUUCUGCAUCACCGCAUCACGGUCGCUCUCGUCCUCCCUCCCUCAUUGCUGACUCCUCCUCUGAGUCUGAUGAGGGGGAUGCAAGGGGAGAGAUGUUUGACAUCUAUGUGGCAACGGCUGACUACAACCCAACCAUAGCGAGCAAGGAAUCCAUUUCUCUAAAGGAGGGACAGUAUGUUGAGGUUCUGGACUCAGCUCAUCCACUCAAAUGGUUAGUCCGGACCAAACCCACCAAAAUGACACCAUCCCGCCAAGGCUGGGUCUCACCUGCGUACCUGGACAAGAAACUCAAGCUCUCUGCUGAUACGGGUGACCUUCCAGAGACAAGUGUUGAGGAGGUGUCUGAGGGUGAAUACAAGAGGAAAUUAUUCCAACUGAUACAAGACCUGAUAAACGGUGAAUCAGAGUUUGUGAAGGAGGUGGAGUUCUUUGCCUCACAUCAUGUGAAGCAUGCAGACAGCCCUGAUGCUCCGGCAGAUGUCAGCAGCCAGAAGGAAGUCAUAUUCAGGAACAUUGAUGAUAUCAAGUCCUUCCAUAGCAAGGCAUUCCUGCCAAAGUUGAACGAGUGUGACACAGAUGAUGAUGUAGCCAUGUGCUUCCUGAAGAACAAGGAGGGCUUUGAGAAGUACCUUCAGUAUCUUGUUGGUCAGGGUCAAGCUGAAUCUGCUGUCAGUGACAAGGCUGUUCACCGAUUCUUCAAGGAGUACACUGAGAAGGUGCAAGCCAGUGCAGAUCCUGCAGAUCCACCGGUACGCAGCAUAAACGCUAGCCUCCAACUGCCACAGGACAGGGUUCAGAAGUACAAGGCCAUCCUCAAGGAGCUCAUCAGAAACAAGGCAAGAAAUGGCCAAAACUGCUGCUUACUGGAAGAGGCUUAUGCCAUGGUGUCUGCGCUCCCUCAGCGCUCAGAGAAUACCCACCAUGUCUCCAUGAUCGAGAACUAUCCUGCCACACUGGAAGCGUUAGGAGAGCCAAUGAGACAGGGACCGUUCCAAGUGUGGGAAGGGGCUCCAGGAAUUAGGUCGUCCUCUAGAGGACACCACCGCCACUGCUUCCUGUUUAAGAACUACUGUAUAAUCUGCAAACCCAAGAGAGACAGCAACACUGAUACACAAGCAUAUGUCUUUAAGAACAUGAUGAAGUUGAAUAACAUUGAUGUGAAUGAGACAGUGGAGGGUGAUGACCGUGCCUUUGAGAUCUGGCACGAACGCGAGGACUCUGUGAGGAAAUACACCUUGCAGGCACGAACUGUUACCAUCAAGAACUCAUGGCUGAGAGACUUCAGAGAGCUGCAGCAGCGAUACAGCAUGCCUGCAUGGAGUCCUCCUGACUUUGAUGAGAUUCUGGCAAACUGCACAGCGGAGCUUGGACAGACUGUUAAACUGGCCUGCAAAGCCACUGGAGUACCCAAACCUACGGUCACUUGGUACAAGGAUGGACGAACGGUGGAGGCAGAUCCUCAUCACAUCAUCAUUGAAGACCCUGAUGGUUCCUGCACACUGAUCUUGGACAACAUGACGGCAGAUGAUUCUGGCCAGUACAUGUGCUUUGCCACGAGCUCGGCUGGCAACGCCAGCACUCUUGGCAAGAUCACUGUUCAGGUGCCACCUCGCUUUGUGAAUAAAAUGAGAAAUGCUAUAUUUGUUGCCGGUGAGGACACGCAGUUCACCUGCGUCAUACAGAGUGCCCCCAACCCCAAGAUCAGGUGGUUCAAGGACGGCAGGCUGCUGACUGACCAGGAAAAGUAUCAGACCUACAGCGAGCUCCGCAGUGGGGUUCUGGUGUUGGUAAUUAAAAACCUGACAGAGAGAGACCUGGGACACUAUGAGUGCGAGUUGUCCAACCGCCUGGGCAGCGCCAAGUGUGCUGCUGAUUUAGUUCCACCCUCGGCUGUGGCUCGCACUGGUGAGCAGAACAUCACUAUUGAAGUUACAGAGCAGGAGACUAGAAUACCGAAGAAAACCAUCAUCAUUGAGGAGACGAUAACCACUGUGGUGAAGAACCCACGCAUGAGGAGGCACAAGUCCCCCGGCUUGACUAUCACCGGAGCCCAUCGCUCGGAGACUUCCACCCCAGAACUCCCCACAGGCAGGCAGAGGAGAAUGGCCACUUCAAGAAAGACCACCAUCCCUACCCUCUAUGUCACUGAGCCACAGGGUGCUGAAGCCAGAGCCAUGGAGAGCAAGCCCAGGUGGGUUGAGGUAGAGGAGGUCAUCGAAUAUAAGGUCAAUAAGUCUCCCAGGCUGCCCAGGAGGAGAGGCAUCUCCCCGGCAGGGUCCGAUCGUGCAGCCACUCCCUCCAGACCCAAAAGGUCUCCACUUGAAAACCCGAAUGCUAACAAUUCCAACAACAAGCUGGUGGAGCAGACCCAGCUGCAGGGAGACGUCAGCAGCCAGCCGCUAUCCUGGGAAGAAGAGGAAGGUAACGUCACCUCUGAUUCUGUCUCAGCAGAGCCACAUGAGCUCUCAUCUGUCCUCACUGCAGCCGGAGAGGACAGCGAGGACCUGGAUGAUACACAAACUGUCAUCUUUGAACCCGAUGAUGAAGACGAAGAUCAUAAUUCACUCAAGCAGGAGCCUAUUCUGACACAAGGAGGUCGUGUUCUAACCCUCGAGGACUUGGAGGAUUAUGUCCCAGAAGAAGGAGAGACCUACGGCUCCUCCAGCGCCCACAACCCUACUGCAGAAAAGCCCUGCGAGAUCUCUGUGCUCCAGAGGGAGAUCGGCGGGUCCACAGUGGGGCAGCCGGUGAUCCUCAACCUGGGGCGGCCUGUCGCGGUCCCGAGGCAGAGGAGCGGCUUCUUCAGCCGCUUCAGGGAGCAUCUAUCCAGCAGCCUUUUCUCAUCUGCUGCCCCCCAAGCCAGCGGAGCCCAGUCCAGGACGGAGAGGCAGGUCCCCAUCCAAGUGAGCCACGCAAAGCUGGAAGUGAAGCCUUCAUACUGCUCAGAGGUGCAGAGAGUUGAGGGUGGACAGCAGAGCUUUAAAACCAAAGUUUCAACUCAGACGUAUGGCUACACAUCAGUGGGCAACCCAGUCACUCAAAUUAGUGAAUAUCAGAACCAGUAGAAGCGAACAAGUUCAAUUUGGUACCACAAACCCUCUUAGUCUUAAAUGAGGACAUUUCUGCUUACAUGAUGAAUACCUAACCUAGACCUAACCUGAAGUAUAUUUGCUGCAUUUGACAAACCAUUCCAUUUUGAAGCUGCCCAUCAGAAAAUAGACUCAUCCUCCGAGUCUUUCUUGACAAAUGGUUUGUGUCAGAUGGAAAAUGUAGGUAUCCCAGUCCCACACUGCUCUGUUACACCUGCAUUAUCACUUAUGCGGUAUGAGUAGUCCAGUUUACAUGGUAGACAGGCAAAAAGGAAAUUAAGGUUUGAUAUCUCACUGAAGAACAAUGUCGUUGUUGAACUUUAUACAUACAGACAUCAUGUUUCACUUAAAAGUCAAUUAAGUGACUUUUAACUGAAAAGUCACUUAAGCAACUUUUUCUUGCUCAAGAAAAUUCUAUGGCGUCUUAUUCCCUUUGCCUCUGCGUCAGCAUUGUGAUUGUCAUAACCUGUUUAUUUUUCAUACAGAUUAAAACCACAUUUUUUCGAUACUCUUUCUAGAUCUUUAACCUAUAUAUUUUAAUGGGCUGAAGGAUUUUAUUCAUUGGACGUCUCAAUCUUUUAUUAUCAGAAAAACAAGCUGAGCAAACGCAAAAGCCUGUUCACCAACGUGCCAAACAGUGUUGGAGAAACACUGAUUUUUAAAGUGAAACUGCUUUUUUCAGUGUUUUUAUUAUUACUGUGUCCAUUUGUUUUAGAGAGGAGGAGACCUCUGCAGAUAAUUCGGCUCCUGGUAAAAACCUCAACGGUGAACACUAAAGGAAUUCUAACCGAGAGAAACUGACUGCAAUGGUAGCAUUGUUCGUCAUUUAUUGUUUUGAUCAGAAAAUCACAUAUUACCUGUCAUUUUAAUUAAGCACUCUUUUGUGGAAUCAUGAACCACCUAUUUUAACUGAUCCAGGCAUUAUCCUGAUAUACACAGACAAUUAGUUAUACACUAUAUUUAGGUUUAUAUAUAUUUUUCGGUUUAACUUUUUUACCUUUCAAGAAAAGUUGUGUUUUGCCGUUUUGCAGUGCCUUAGAUUCCUGGAGUCAGUGACUACUAGUGAGGUCCUCAUGUCUACAUGUUUCUAGUUCACUAUUGCUGUAAGUUAAUUUAAAUAUGCAACACUGAUGAUGUAAGAUUAACAACAGAACUUCAGACCUUUGUGGUCCAUGGGCUGUUGUUUAAUUAAAUUAUAGUCAGUUUGUCAAAAUAAACACAUUUACUUUG